UUUGGCAAUAAAACCACUUGAAGUAACAGUGAUACAGAGGAACUUCACUGUGCAUGAACACACAGACACACACACACACACACACACACACACACACACGCAGCUCAUGAAGAUGCGUCUCCGCUUCUGUCUCUAACCACUGAGAUCGAAGCAGCCGACCUCAUCGCUGUGAUAUCAGUUCAACGUCUGCAGCCAAGCAAUGUCUCUCAACGCCUCCUUUCCCGUCCUCAAGCCUUCCAAGAGUGACCAGGCGACAACGGUGGACGUCGACGCCAUCUUGGACAACGUCUCCAUCGUCCUCUACAGUCUGACCGUCGUGCUCGGCAUCACGGGGAACUCCAUGGUGAUCUGGGUGGCCGGCUUCAAGGUCAAGCCAAAGGUCACCAACGUGUGGUUGGUGAAUCUGGCGAUAGCGGACCUCAUCUUCUGCUUCACACGAGCCUUCUCCCUCACUAAGAAGCUCCUCUUCGACAGCUGGCCCUUCGGCGUCUUCGUCUGCAAGUUCAACGGCUUCUUCAAAUACGCCAACAUGUUCUGCUCCGUCUUCCUGUUGGCUGUGAUCAGUCUGGACCGGGCGCUCUGCAUCUGGCAGCCCGUCUUCACCAAGCGUCGACGCACCCUGUGGGCCGCCAGGCUGGUGGCUGUCUGCGUCUGGAGCGCCGCAACCGUCUUCAGCGCGCCGUACUUCGUCUACCGCCAGGUCUACCAGAAGGACAACCUGACCAAGUGCUCCCUGGAGGUGAAGGAGUCCAACAACAGCGCCAAACUGGUCCUCUACUCCAUCCGCUUCCUGUGUGGCUUCAUGUUGCCUUUCAUGGUCAUCCUCAUCUGUUACAUCCUGGCCGCAAUUGGCAUUCGACGCACCCGCCUGCUGGGGAAGUCCCGCCCCCUGCGCAUUCUAGCAUCAUUGGUCGUCGCCUUCUUCCUGUGCUGGGCUCCGUACCACUGCCUCCUGCUGGUAAAGAUGGUGGACAGCAAACACACGGUGGUGAAGAUCUGGCACCCUGUGGCGAAGGGCGUUGCCUACUUUAACAGCUGCGUGAACCCGCUGUUGUACUUCUGCAUGGGGCUGGACGUGAGGGGGCGGUUCAGGCAGAGUCUGGCGGGGGUGUACAAGAGGGCUCUGACGGACGACAUGGACGGGCAGACGACCCAGUCCAACGAGCGCUCUCUGGACGACAGCGGCGGGUCGAAACAAGCUUCUUUUGUCAUGGCAGGAAGGAGUCAGACAGCAUUAGAUUGAAGUUUGAGUCUCUCUUCCAGAACACAUUUUAGAGCAUUAAAGCUCCAUACUUAGGUUUUUUCAUGCAGUUAGAUUGAUUUUAGCGGCGUGCGAUUUCGAUAAAAUCAGAGUUAUUUUCUCAUAGACUUCUAUACAAUCAGAGGAGUCGCCCCCUGAUGGUUAUUAGAGAUAUUACAAGUGUAAGGCUACAGUACAAGACAGGGCAUUUGUCUUGAAAAUAACCACAAAGAAACAAGUGUAAUUUAUUGAUACAUUGCAUGUUCAUUUUCAUAAAAGUAUUCAUAAUAGGCUAUUUCUACUGGCAGACUGUGAAAGUUUUAUUAAAUACCACCAGCGAGAUAAAAGGUUGGAAAUGGUAAAAGGAAGUGAUGGAAAAAGUUUCCGUCCCUCUAGGCAGCCAUUUAUUUCAGUUUAUUUCUGUAAAGUAUGAAAGUUGAAGAGGUCUGAAACUUGCUAUAGAUGCAUAAUCCAUCACAACAGAAUGACAAAUAUAGUUCCUGUUGGUUUGUUCAAAUGCGAUCUGGCAUCAGUCCGACGCAAACACUUUACUGCAAUAAACAACCACAUUCAUAUUAAUCCUUUCAUAGUGAUAAUGCCUGUUUGUCUUCUGUAAAACAAAAACUGGACUUUCACCCAGGAGACCGCUGUCCAUGUCCCAUGUGAGACCAAGUCAACAUUGACUGAUGUGCCUCAAUUCUGCGACGUAACUUCCGGACUUUACUAACACCAUUUACAAAAGUAGUUAUUUCAUGUUACAAACGUACUAAGUAUUUUAACCCAAAUUACGAUAUUUUCCUAAGCUUAACCAAGAAGUUACGUUAAGUAAUUAAACCUAAAAACUAAGUAAACCUACGUUGGAAAUUCAUUUUGGAAAGACAGCGAGUCAUGUGACUAAUGUGACAAAAACAAAUGUCACAAAAUAAGUUUACUUUUAGUUUGAGUUGGUUUAAGAGAAGAAGGUUCUGCUCACGGCUGCAUUACUGCAAGUAAAAAAAUGUGCCUUUCUUUCUAAGACAUCUUUAUAUACUACAUGCAUGGUAUUUUAUUACCUUUAAAUACUGAGACUCUUUUCUGUUGUCGUUUAGAUAACUUUAAGUAGUAUUUACUCCUCAAACUGCAGUCAAUCCUUGCGGGUGCUUUUGUAAAUAUGUCCUGACUUUACGGUGAAGAUGUUGACGUACUGAUGUCAGAUUCACAUUUUCCUGUAACGUUGUGUUUUGUUGCAUGUGAUUGAGGUCACAGAUGGAAAGUGGAACUGUGGUGAGUCUGGUGGAAUAGGAAAGAAGGCAGAGGGGGAAGUGAGACUAUUAAAAGGAAAGCCAGUAAUAACUUGGCUCAGGGGUCACACUGAAGGGAAGGUGAAUUGAAACUGUCUUUUCGGUUUUACGUGCAUAUUUUUUAUUUUUCUGCCAUCAGAGACUCUCAAAGGGGUGUAAAGUGUGUAACUGUAAGCUCAGUGCAGAAAUGGGCAGAGCAUUUAUGGCUUUUAUGGAACACACGUGGAUAUGAAUGAUAAUAAAAUGAAGCCUAGUAGCUGUUGGACCAGCACAGUGACAGCAGUCCUAAGCAACCGGCUCAUAAAACACAGCUGUACCUGCUCGGUAGAUUACUAACACGUCACUAAGACUGUUUAUCUUAGAGUCUGGUCUUUAGGUUUUAUUGUAUUUCUGUGCUGUGAGCCGUACAGAAGCAGCGUCACGUUGAAUGUUAUCAAGCUCGCAGUGUUUCACUUUGAUUUCUCUGCUCUGUGUUGUUGUAAAUUUCUGUAACACACAUAUUAAUUUGUAAAUACGAUUAUAAUGAAACUGUAAUAUGACAAUAAAGGCUUUUCAAGUUGUAGGAAAUCAAA